AUGUCCGGGGAGGAGUGUGUGACGGAACCCCGGAUAUGGUCUAAAAUACAGUGUGGAAAUCCUUCUCCUGCCAAGAACUUACGCGUCACAGCUUCACCUUCACCAUCAUGGUCCAGCCACGCGGUAAAGUCCAAUUUCCUACACCUCUUCGUGAAGUGUUUGCCAUUGCGCGCCUCAUCGUCCUGCAUACAGAACAACAUGACCUCCAACGUUAUGCCGGUGUUGCCAAACGAGCUCUGGCAGCGCAUCUUCUCUUUCGCAUCGCAGAAUACCGAUACUCCCUGGGACCAUAUCAAAUUGUGGCCCUCGAUUCGCGCGGUCUCGGGCUCAUGGCGCGCAAACAUAACUCGAGAAUACCUCGAAGCAUAUAUCAAAGAUCCAGCACGAUGUCUGAUAUACUGGGAUGCUGGAGAAGACUACGUGCCAAACAUGGAGCAUGGAAUGAUACAUCAGUUUGAUCUCGAGAUGACCUUUGACCGGUUCGAUAAAGAUGCCGAGGGUAACGAAGACAAGACAAGAGUCGUGUUCAAGGAGACCAAGCAGACAAGACUGAUUCCCAAGUAUUGGUCUGCGAAGACGAAGAGUGCUCACAAGAGGAAGAAGAUGCGCGGCUGGCAGGAAAAGAUUGAAACAUACCUAGGGACGGGUGACAUUGGAGAUGCAGCAGGAGGCGGGUGUUUCGAUGAUACAGCUCACGUCAUAGGCAUUUACGGACAAGUGAACGACACCGCAUUGCCAGGACUGCGCUUCGACCCAAAGAAGUUCGAGAUAUCUUUCGAAUGGGAGCCUAUGCUCGUGGCAUUCAUGAAAGAAGCUCUGGAGCUCACCAAGCGCUUCGAGAAAGCUGCAGUCAAAUUCGAGACUGCAAUACCCAAAGCCACUCCGAGACUUUCGCCAAAGGAGAUUUUGGCGAGCAUGGAAGCUAGCACGAACGCGAAGAACACUAUAAGAAAACGAGUUCGAAGAGAGCGCAUCUGGCGUCAUUAUCGAGCGAUCAAUGAUUUUUGGGCAGAUAAGGAUUUUCCGUUCGAUGAUGAGGAAGAAGCAGUUAUUCUCAAGCGCAUCAACGAUUUCGCAGGCGCGGGCGGCGACGAGCAGUUUUCCAGGAUACUCAAGGCUUUUGGUGGUGGCGAGAGCGAAGGUGAAAGGCUCGAUGCCGAUGACGACCAAGAAAGCAGCAAUGAUGAGGAUGAGGCAAGCGAACAUGAGUCGGAUGGCAUGGUUGAUAUCUGCGACAUAGACACCGGGGAUGAGGGCGAUAGCACCGGUUCAGACGAUGAGGAUGAGGACUUUCACUCAUCUGCUGUGAACCGAUGGUCCUACGCCUUUCUCAGUCCGACUAGGCUGCAUGCGCUCCGAGUAUCAACGAGAAUGCAGCAAACGUAUCAAACGGCAUCGAGAAGACCAUCUAAAAAGGGCAGGACUGGGCAGGGAGCUGCUGCGUCAUCCGAUCAGAGGCCUGUUUGCGAUAGUACUGACCACGACGAUGACAUGGUCGUCCCAGAACCCGACAAGCGUGCCCGGACCCCUUCACUAUACGAUGCUACAGGAAUGGGUCAGCCGCGCAAUGAUUCCCUGAAUGAGACCAUCGGCGGGGAAAGAUGGUUGACGACUCCAACAUCUGCCCAAGGACCUCAUCUUGCUGCGGGUGAAGAUCAUUCAUCGAGACUUGCAAGAGAGCUCGCAGGAAAGGAUGGCAGUGAGCCACUUCAGGCCAGCCUCUUGCAAUCGGUGCAAGACAACACCUCGAAACCACGAAGAAGGCGUCGAACCGCAAGCAGUGGCAAUACCACCGGCCAGUUGUCGACUUGUAGCUCUCCUACAAGUGCAGCUCAUUCGCAGCAGGCUGCAGAUGGCUUGCCACUCCUGGAUCCCGCAUCGCAUCUCAGCCAUUUGACUGCUGACGCUGGACUCGCCGAAGCGUGCGCCGUCUAUCGACAUAGCGACUGUGCGCGAGCUGAGGGACUGCUGAGUGAGGACCAGGAAGACGAGGAUGAGAUAGUUUGUCAGAAUUGCAGAGACAAAGCUGCAACAACUAACUCCAUCGGUGGAAACGAAAGGACCCAGCAACCAUCGCAGCAGCUUGUCCCCGUCGAUUCUGACGAAACUGUCAGCGAGGAGAUCGAUGAACUGCAGGAGACAACUGAACAAGAUCAACCCAGCGAGCAAAUGAUCCAGCUUGAUCCUGCCGAAAGAUCGAGUACAUCGGCCACAGGGGCACCUACAACCAACAACACGGUGAUAUCGGGGGCUCAAAGAAAUCCUCAGCUCCUCAGCGCUAUGGCUCGUCCCACGGCACCGCUUCAUCCCGGCCCUGGUGCCAUCGAAACGGAACUUGAUCAGUUCAAAUACCAGCAGAACAUUUACAAUAACCUGAUGGAACGUUAUGUUCAGGGGGAAGCGGAAGAAAAGCGUAGGCUUGUGGAACAGGGUGCUGUUAAUGAGGAUAACGAUGAUUUUAUGAAUGAUUCGGAUGGUGAUGAGGUGGAAGGUGAUAUGGAGGAGGAGGAGGAGGAGGAGGAGGAGGAGGAGGAGGAGGAGGAGGAGCUGAGACCAAUGAGAGCAGAUGGAGCAUAG